CCCUGACCAUUUUUAUUGUAAAUCCCAAACACUAACCAUUACGAUCGUUUGUUACAUUUAUUACAAUUUUGACUCCAAAUUUGAACUUUUGUUUAACAAAACCACUUGUUUGCAUUGAGUUAAUUUACAACUUGUCUUGAACCAUUGAUGCAUAAACUGUAAUUGCAGAGAUGUUUUGUACGACACGUAAUUAACUAUCUGACCUAUCGUCAAGGGGAAACAAGGUACAGGAUGGACCCAGGAAAUUGCGUCCCUCUGUCGAGGAAAUAAUCGAAGCGCGUUGCUAAAAGCUGAAAGGACACGCCUGACCGCAAACGUUUUUCGAGGAUAAAAGAGGGUUCAUUUAAACUGAUACAAUUUGCCGACGUGCAGUUGCACAUGCACGGCAGAUGUUUUCAGGAAAAUUUAGGUCAAAGUUGUGCCAGUAUUGUCGGUGUGUCUUUUGGACGGUCAGGUUUCGCGGUUGAAUGGUGCUGGUUUGAGAGAGCACUUAUCGAAUUGUGCUGCUCACUUUUGAGUGGCGGAGGAAGUUAUCAAUCAAUUGUGAAUGUUUUGAAGGCGUCAGUCUUUGCAUGAGUGGGCAGUUCUUGUGCGUGGACGUUUCAUGAUUGGUUGAUGGUGCAGUACAAGAAGCACGUACUGCAGUGGCACACCAGUAUUCGUGCAAAAUUACGACAAAUUGUGUUCUAAAAAGCGAACAAGUCCAUUUCUUGAUAAUGUCGUGGGUUUGUGAUUUGGUGUUCCAUCAAUGAAUCGGUCGAAGUUCAAGUCUUGACAUUUCUCAGGAGCGAGGAGAGCCAAUUUUUUUUCAGACAUGACGAUAAAAGCUUGAGACGUUAGGACACUGAGCACAGCAACUGGAGGAAUAUCUGUUAUUCUUUAUGUGGUGUUGGUGCAUGCGGAAACUACACCAGAAACUAUGGAAACUACACCCUUUCUGGAAAUUCUAAAUACUGCAACCGUAUCGACUGGGAAUAGCUCAGAUUAUGGAAUCUCGCAGACUCCAUUCCAAGUAUUCGUUAUCACCUUUGCGACGCUUGCAGUUGUGGCAAGCUUUCUUCUGAAUCCGUUGAUGCUUUUGACGCUUCGACGCGUCGCCAGCAUUCAGACUACAACAAAAAUCUUCAUGGCGUCGCUCACGCUGUCGGAUUUUUGCAACGGCAUCUUUUGGGUCUUCAAACUCCCGGAACUCUACGCUGCGGAGUGGCUGCUCGGAGAUUUCCUCUGCAGGGUUUCAGGCGUGAUGGUCAACACGUUUCACGCGCUGGGGAUUUUCUCCUUACUACUUUUGACUCUGGACCGCUACAUCGCCAUAUUGUUCCCGCUGCGCUACCCGCGAAUGAUGACCAUUUUCAGAGCCAAACUUGCAGUCUGCGUUACUUGGACUACAGCUUUCAUUAGCUGCAUUCUGCUCUUUGGGAUAUACGACCACAAGAUUGUCUUGCAGGAUACCCCGCGCUUCUGCGUCCGGAGGACGUACAGCGACUGGCGAGCCUACGUCGCAAUUCUCGUAAUUGCAAUCCCCUUGGUGACAAUAUUCGUCAUCUAUGCGCAUGUUUUGCUGAUUGCGCGCCGUCACAGCCGGCAAAUCGCGGUCGAGAUAUCAAGCGACCAAGAUGGACGUCGGACACUUCACCGCAUCAACCUCAGGUCGACCACAACCAUCAUUAUCAUAACUAGUACCCUAAUAAUCACUUGGGUUCCCUCUGCAAUACUGCUACCAAUAUUAGCCUCAAAGAACUUUUUGGAGUACGACAACAUUUUCUUUGCCAUCAUUUUGCCGAAUGUUCUACUGAUGUCCAACAGUUGGUUAAACGUCAUCAUCUACUAUUUGCGGAAUCGAGAUUUACGAAGAACAAUCCAUGAUGUGCUAUCGGACAUGUGCCACUUUCGAAAGACCAGAGAUCCAUGUCAUAGUAUUACAUUAUGAAUAAAAAAUUAGCUCAUUUUAGAAUUAGUUAUGCCAAAAAUUUGAGAAUAUUUUUGAAACAUAUGGACAUUGGGUUAUCAGAAUUGCUAAUCGCUACAACAGGUUCAAAAAUAGGAAAAAACCAAGGAUAUGAUUUCGUAAAAAUGAUUAAAACUUUUAAGUAUUUGAAAAAAAGGAAGAAAUAAUGAUACAAAAUUGUUCCAACCCCCCUCCCGAAAAUGGUUUUCAACAUUAUUUUUGUUUUGCUUUAGUGUUGAAACAUCUUUCUGUACAUCCAGACAUUAACAGAAAAAUUUCAAGGAACUCAAAUUAGGUAA